AUGAUUGAAAUACGACGCUUGUCCACUAUACUUCUUGGCCUUGCCAUAUCACUAGUCGUCAUCGGUAUGGCUACAACACAGUGGAGAUGUGGAGGCUUAUUCGAUUCAUGCCAGAGAGGAUAUUCAAAAGAUGUGAUUAUUGCUGUCAUUGCAUUAAUGCUUAUCGGUGUUAUCUGUUUGGCAGUAGUCUUCCUUCUAGAUCUGAUUGGAUUGUGUUCAGAUGUACUAGUCACUAGUGCUGGUUACGUGACUGCACGUUUUAUACUACUGUAUCUAGGCACAGCCUGUUUAAUAACCGGUAUUCUAGUGUACACUGGGAAGUUUGAUCACACUUGGUCGUACUUUUUGGCUACUGUUGGCGGAGUUUUUGCAAUGCAAGUAGCUAUCUUGGCUAUAUUGAGUUCACGUUGUGUAUCAGUACGUACAGACAGAGUUGUGGUGCGCACAACACGCGGUUAA